GUGAACGCAUCCCUGGAGGAGCAGGCCUUCACUGAGGCCUGGGGGUUGAAGGCCAAGGAGGUGUUCACCCCUUCGUUGCUGGAGACUCUUCCAGAAGACGUCAAGAAGCUGCUCGCCAAGAUAGGUGAGCUGGGAGCCGCCAACCUGCCGGAGGAUGAGAGACAGGAGUACAACAAAAUUCUGAGCAGCAUGGACCAAAUUUAUUCAACAGCCACCGUGUGUCCAAAGCCAGACGAGUGCUGGAACCUGGAGCCAGAGCUAACCAAAAUCAUGGCUACCUCCAGAAGCUACAAACGGCUGCUUUACGCAUGGGAAGGUUGGCACAAUAAAUCGGGCGUACCUCUUAGGAACUACUACCCUAAAUUUGUCCGGCUAAGUAACAAGGCCUCAAAAGCCGACGGUUUUAAAGACACUGGAGACUACUGGCGCUCCUGGUAUGAAUCCCAGACGUUUGAGGAGGACGUGGAGGCGAUCUACAGGACUGUGGAGCCACUCUACCUGCAUCUGCACGCAUUCGUCCGCCGCAAACUUUACAACCAAUAUGGCUCCAAAUACAUCAACCUGAGAGGACCUAUCCCCGCUCACCUGCUAGGAAAUAUGUGGGCCCAAACCUGGAACAACAUCUACAGCAUGAUGAUCCCCUUCCCUAACAAACCCAAUGUGGAUGUGACAGAGGAAAUGGUCAAACAGGGUUACAACGCCACAUACAUGUUCCAUGUGGCCGAGGAGUUCUUCACCUCACUGGGUCUGAUCGAGAUGCCACAGGAGUUCUGGGACAAGUCCAUGUUGGAGAAACCAGCUGACCGUGAGGUGGUGUGUCACGCCUCCGCAUGGGACUUCUACAACCGCAAAGACUUCAGGAUCAAGCAGUGCACCAGAGUGACGAUGGAGCAGCUGUUCACAGUGCAUCAUGAGAUGGGUCAUGUGGAGUAUUACCUGCAGUAUAAAGACCUGCCCGUCGGCUUCAGACGAGGAGCCAACCCCGGCUUCCAUGAGGCCGUGGGAGACGUCCUGUCCCUGUCGGUCUCCACGCCCAAACAUCUGCACACCAUCGGCCUGCUGCACUCCAUCACCAACGAUAACGAGACGGACAUUAACUACCUGCUGAAGAUGGCGCUGGAGAAGAUGGCCUUCCUGCCCUUCGGCUACCUCAUCGACCAGUGGAGGUGGAGCGUGUUCAGCGGCCAGACGCCUCCGGAGCGCUACAACGCGGACUGGUGGAAUCUCAGGGUAAAGUACCAAGGUAUCUGUCCCCCCACCCGCCGCACAGAGGAGCACUUUGACCCCGGAGCCAAGUACCACAUUCCUGGAAACACUCCAUACAUCAGGUAUUUUGUCAGCUUUAUUCUGCAGUUCCAGUUCCAUGAGAAACUGUGCGAGGCAGCCAAUCACAAGGGCCCCCUGCACACAUGUGACAUCUACUGGUCCAAGGAGGCAGGAACCAUCUUAGCUAAGGUUCUCCAGUCCGGCUCUUCUAAACCUUGGCCAGAAGUUCUCAGUGAGGCCCUGGGCACCAACAAGAUGGAUGCCGGUGCCUUUAUGAGAUACUUUGAGCCCAUCAUGAAAUGGUUGGAGGAGCAGAACAGGAAUGAGACAUUGGGCUGGCCCGAUUUCAGCUGGGUCCCGCCCAUCCCAGAAGGCUAUCCUGAAGAUAUUGAUAAGAAUACAGACGAGCUGGAGGCCAAGAAGUUUCUGGAAGAAUACAACCGAACGGCAGAGACUGUGUGGAACGCCUACACCGAGGCCUCCUGGGCAUACAACACCGACAUCACCGAGGCCAACAAGCAGACCAUGCUUCAGAAGAAUCUGGAAAUGUCCAAACACACUCUGGACUACGGAGUCAGAGCCAGAGGUUUUGACACGGCCGACUUCCAGGACCCUUCAGUCAAACGCAUCAUCAAGAAACUCAGUGACAUCGAGCGGGCUGGACUACCGACUGCCGAGUUGGAAGAGUACAACACUCUCCUGUCAAACAUGGAAACAAAGUACAGCGUCGCCGAGGCCUGCAGAGCUGACGGGACCUGCCAUCCAUUAGAUCCAGACCUGCAGACGAUCAUGGCUGAAUCCCGGGACUAUGAGGAGCUGCUGUUUGCUUGGAGAGGCUGGAGGGAUGCUGCAGGGAAGGGGCUGCGGGGGGACUACCGACGAUACGUGGAGCUCGCCAACAAGGCCGCUCGACUCAACGGACACACGGACAACGGGGCCUUCUGGCGCUCGCUGUACGAGACGGCCGCCUUCGAGCAGGACCUGGAGACUCUGUGGAAGGAGCUGGAGCCGCUUUAUCAGCAGGUGCACGCUUAUGUACGUCGAGCGCUCUACAAGAAGUACGGAGCCAAGUACGUCAACCCGAAGGGGCCCAUUCCUGCCCACUUACUGGGGAACAUGUGGGCGCAGACCUGGUCCGGCGUCAUGGAUCUGGCCAUUCCCUACCCCCACGCCACGCAGGUGGACGCCACGCCGGCCAUGCUGGCCAAGGGCUGGAACGCCACCAGGAUGUUCCAGGAAUCAGACAAAUUCUUCACCUCCUUGGGUCUGCUGCCCAUGCCACUGGCGUUCUGGGCCAAGUCCAUGUUGGAGAAACCAUCUGAUGGACGCAAGGUGGUGUGUCACGCCUCUGCCUGGGACUUCUACAACCGCAAAGACUUCAGGAUCAAGCAGUGCACCGUGGUGACGAUGGAUGACCUGAUCACCGUGCACCAUGAGAUGGGCCACGUCCAGUAUUUCCUGCAGUACAAAGACCAACCUGUGUCCUUCCGCGAUGGAGCCAACCCCGGCUUUCAUGAGGCCAUCGGCGAUGUACUCGCCUUGUCGGUUGCCACCCCAAAACACCUGAAGAGUAUUGGUCUCCUUGAUAAAGUGGAGAACAAUCAUGAGAGUGAGAUUAACUUCCUGAUGAGCAUUGCCUUGGAUAAAAUUGCCUUCCUGCCCUUCGGCUACCUGAUGGACCAGUGGAGAUGGAAGGUGUUUGACGGACGCAUCCCAUCAUCUGAAUACAACAAGGAGUGGUGGAACCUCAGGAUGAAGUACCAGGGUCUGUGUCCACCUGUAACUCGCACUGAAGAUGACUUUGACCCGGGUGCAAAGUUCCACAUCCCUGCUAACGUGCCCUAUGUCAGGUACUUCGUCAGCUUCGUCAUCCAGUUCCAGUUCCACAAAGCGCUGUGUGACGCUGCCCGACACCAAGGACCCCUGCACACCUGUGACAUCUACCAGUCCAAAGAGGCUGGGAAGCUGCUGGGCGAUGUGAUGAAGCUUGGCUUCAGCAAACCCUGGCCAGAGGCCAUGGCCAUGAUCACUGGCCAGCCCAGAAUGACCGCCCAGCCGCUGGUGGAGUACUUCAAACCUCUGUUGGACUGGCUGCAGGCCGAGAACAAGAGAAACGGAGAGGUGCUCGGCUGGCCAGAGUAUGACUGGAAGCCUUCAACUGAGACCGCCACUGAAACCAACAAAGUGGACUUUCUGGGAAUGAGCAUGGAUGGAGCGUCCGCUGUGGCCGGACAGUGGAUCCUGCUGGUCCUCGGGCUGGUCCUGCUGGUGUCCACCAUCCUGCUGGCCUACAAGUACAGGCAGUCAAGGAGGCCCGAGAAGUCCCAGUCCACCCUGGAACUACAGCAGAAAGACUAGCUGGUCUUUCCAUACAGACUGCUGUGACGGCAACAGGGCCGACCUCAAGAUCACGUCUUAUCAGAUAACCUUUAUGCUUUCUGGUCUGCAUCCCCCCCAUCAUGUCUUGUGUAUAUUUAUUGUAUAAAUUUGGAGUGAAAAUUAUUUUGGCUAUGCAAAUAUACAACCUUACUGUUUUGUAAUUUAUUUGUGAUAUGAAUAUGAAUGCCAAGGGGAAAUGUCUCCAAUGAAUGUUUGUAAAGCCUUUCAUUGUGUAUGUCUGUUUUGGAUAUUUGAUUUUCAGUGGCUCCUCUGCCUUUCGACAAUAAAGAGGUA